AUGUCGUCUAGUCCAUGGUGGAUGCAAUGGAACCCAGAUGAUGUUCCAAUCAGCUCUGACGAAGUGAGUGACGCAUGGAAAGUCUGUGUCAUCAACGGUGUUUAUUUCGGCGGAAAUGAUUACAGUGGAUCGCUAGGUGCACGUAUUUCUUCGGUGAUUGUCAUCUGGUUCGUGUCAACCUGGUUCACACUUUUCCCAGUCAUUGCAACAAAUGUUAAAUGGUUGAGAAUUCCUCGUUACGUGUACUUGUUUGCACGUUAUUUCGGUACCGGUGUGAUUGUCGCCACGGCGUUCAUCCAUCUUUUGGACCCUGCCUACGGUGAAAUUGGAGCCAACACGUGUGUCGGCAUGAGCGGUCAUUGGGCCGACUACUCGUGGUGUCCAGCUAUUGUCCUGCUCACCGUUUUCAUCGUGUUCUUGGUCGACCUCGCCAGUGAUGUGUUCGUGCAGCGCAAGUUUGGUGUCAAGCACAGCCACGGCGGUGACAACAUCGAAAACACAAUCGUAAGUUCCAAGAAAAACAACGCCAAGGGUGACGCACACCUUGCGGACCUAGAAGGUGAAGGCCACAUGAACGCUGGCAUCCCAGAUUCCGAUGAAAAGAGCAAAAAAUCCUACGACGUUGUUUCUAAUGCCAGCACCGAGCUCGUUCUUCAGUCUUUCGAGAGUCAGAUUGCUGCAUUCUUGGUCCUGGAGUUUGGUGUCAUUUUCCACUCCGUCAUGAUCGGUUUGAAUCUCGGAACCACUGAUGAUGAGUUCAGCACCCUAUAUCCAGUGCUUGUGUUCCACCAAUCUUUCGAAGGUCUAGGUAUCGGUGCCAGACUCUCAGCCAUUGAGUUCCCUAAAAACAAGAGAUGGUGGCCAUACGCCCUGUGUAUUGCCUACGGUCUUGCCACUCCCAUCUGUGUCGCUAUCGGUCUAGGUGUGAGACACACCUACUCUGGAAACUCGUACACUGUCAACGUUGUUUCCGGUGUCUUGGACGCCAUCUCUGCCGGUAUUCUAAUAUAUACUGGUCUUGUGGAGCUGUUGGCCCGUGAUUUCAUCUUUGACGAAGAAAGAACAAACGAUAUUCCAAAACUGCUCUUCAUGGUUGUAUGCACUCUUUUCGGCGCGGGUCUCAUGGCCCUACUAGGAAAAUGGGCAUAA